AGGAUGAAUGUCCGGGAGGAACCCCUCCUCCUCGCCGGCGUGUGGGAGGAGGACGCGGGAGAAGGGGGGCGUCGCAGUCCGCGAUCGGCCCCCUCAAAGUUUCAUCGAAGAGGCUGAAGUGUCCUCUUUCCGGUUCGGUGGCAGAUAUGCACCCCCUGGGCAAGUCGUGGCUGCUCCUCAGCGGCUUCGUCCUGUUUUACGUCAUCUACCUCCUGUUCGGCGGGCUGGUCUUCUCCAGCCUCGAGCGGCCCGUUGAGGAGCAGCUCCGUCGCGACGUGGACACCCUGAAGCAGCGUUUUCUCAACCAGAGCUGCGUGUCCGCCGCCGCCCUGGAUCACUUUGUGGGCCAGGUGCUGGCCGCCAACAGGUAUGGCGUGGCGGUCUUCCCGAACGACUCCUCUGACGCGUCCAACUGGGACUUGACCUCGGCCAUGUUCUUCGCCAACACGCUGGUCACCACCGUGGGUUAUGGUCAUACCACGCCACUGUCGAACAUGGGCAAGGUCUUCUCCAUCGUGUACGCUCUGCUGGGCGUGCCCUUCACCAUGCUUGUCCUGACGGCGUGCGUGCAGAGGCUGAUGUAUCCUCUGGUGGCGGCUCCCCUCAACCAACUCCAGCGUUGCGGCCUGGAGGCCCGUCGGGCGGCUGGCGUGCACUUCCUGGCGCUGUUGGCGCUGGUGCUGCUGUGUUUCUUUGCGGCUCCGGCGGUCGUGUUCCACGCCGUGGAGGGUGGUUGGUCCUUCCUGGAUGGCUUCUACUUCUGCUUCAUCUCGCUGUGCACAAUCGGCCUGGGGGACUUUGUGCCCGCUGCCAGACCUGGGCAGAAUUUCAAACAGCUCUACCAGGUCGCCGUCAUGGUCUACCUAUUCGUGGGCCUGAUGAUGAUGUACCUUCUGCUGCGCACCUUCCACAAGAUGGCCGACCUACACGGCCUGACAACCUUCCUGCAGCUCCCGCGCUGCGAGGAGUCCAACCAGAACGAGGACCGUGAGCCCAUUGUGAAAAAUGGGCACACCCCUGCCCAGAAGCAGCCCUCGUACAACUCUAUCGGCGACCGGUGAUAUGCUCUCCUGAGAAACUAAAAUACAUGACUGAACGGGAAGUUUUGACUUUUCUAGGAAGAUUUGCAGUUAUUCAAUGAACUUUCAAAGGAAGCUUUGCAUCCUCGGGACAUUCCCCCCAUGCCAAAGUAUUGUUUUCAUGUUUGUUUUUUCUGUCUUACUGCUCCUUCUCCAGCAGUUUGAAUUAUUGACGGUCAUAUUUUCAUCAUGGUGAUUUAGGGCCAAAUGUUGCGGAGGUUUGAGUUGCACUUUACUGCUCACGUUUUAACUAGUACACUGUACAAAACCUUGUUUAAAUAAAGUUGUUGAAAUAAG